AUUCAACAUCAUGACUGGCUAUACUAAGGUUUUCAUCUCCAUAUUUAUUUCUAAAUGUAAGACAUUAAAAUAAUUUCAAUGGCUAUGCUCUCUUCAGGCACAUUUGUUGAAUGUCCAAGGAACCAUCUUCCCAGCUCCUAAUUUCAACCCUGUAAUGGAUGCCCAAAUGCUCGGGGGGGCGCUCCAAGGAUUUGAAUGUGACAAAGACAUGCUGAUUGACAUCCUAACGCAACGCAGCAAUGCUCAGAGGCAGAUGAUUGCAGAGGCCUACCAGAGCAUGUAUGGCCGGAACCUGGUUGGGGAUCUGAAGGAACAGCUUUCGUCUCACUUCAAGGACGUCAUGGUGGGCCUCAUGUACCCACCGCCUUUGUAUGAUGCUCAUGAACUUUGGCAUGCCAUGAAGGGAGCAGGUACUGAUGAGAAUUGUCUCAUUGAAAUAUUAGCUUCAAGAACAAGUGGAGAAAUUUUCCAGCUAAGAGAAGCCUACUGUUUGCAAUACAGUAGUAACCUUCAAGAGGACAUUUAUUCAGAGACCUCCGGACACUUCAGAGACACUCUCAUGAACUUGGUCCAGGGAACAAGGGAGGAGGGCUAUGAGAACCCCGCAAUGGCUGCUCAGGACGCAAUGGUGCUGUGGGAAGCCUGUCAGCAGAGGACUGGGGAACACAAAACCUUGCUGCAGAUGAUCCUAUGCAACAAGAGCUACCCGCAGCUGUGGCUGGUUUUCCAGGAAUUUAAAACCAUUUCUGGUCAAGACCUUGUGGAUGCCAUCAAUGACUGUUAUGAUGGAUACUUUCAGGAGUUGAUAGUAGCAAUUGUUCGCUGUGUCCAAGACAAAGCCAGCUAUUUUGCUUAUAAGUUAUAUAAUGCAAUCCAUGACUUUGGUUUCCACAACAAAACUGUAAUCAGAAUCCUCAUUGCCAGAAGUGAAAUAGACCUGCUGACCAUCAGAAAAAGAUACAAAGAGAGAUAUGGAAAAUCUCUAUUCCAUGAUAUCAGAAAUUUUGCCUCAGGACAUUAUAAGAAAGCACUGCUUGCUCUCUGUGCAGGUGAUAUGGAAGAUUACUGACAUGAAUGAGAACAGGAAGUUGAAGGACCAUGCACUCCUCUUUGGAGACUCCUCAAAAUAUAAACUUCCUGUCAAAUUCAUGCUGUUGGCACUGACAAAAUCUAUAAAAUUAGAUUUUCCCUUCUAUCUU